GAAUUUUGUCUAAGUCAUUUUUAUGUUGCAGGAUACCAUCUUUGGAAGCUUGCUACGCUCAAAUGGCUCGAAGGAAAUACAAGGCAAGAGUUUGGGGCUGGAAUAGAGAUGUUUCUCUACACAAUGGAAGCUUUGGAUAAGCCAGGAGAAGCCAUUUUAAUGAUUUUCCAAAGCCUCCAAGUUGCUAGCCAGAAACUGGAAUUUUGUUCAAAAAUGGCUAAGUCUGGAACUGAGUUGGAGGUGACUACUUUAGGGCUUCAUUCUGGACAGAUGGGGGAGAACCAUGGCCAGAGACGAGUACCCCAUGAAACUACAUUUCACAAUCUACAACGUAAAGGCAUUGGUUGAAGAAUUGGAGUUCGUUUGAUCCUUGAACAAGGCGGCCAAAGUAACUAUGUUAAGCUGUUUUAUUUCCUUGUAAUGUAAGACUUGAUUUCCUUGUGCCACAAGGAUUAGUAGUAGUUAUUGUUAUAGUUGAACUAGGAUUAGUGUUGAUUCCUUUUAAGCGUAGGAUGGUGGUUGUAAUUGCCUAUAAAAGGCUUGGAACGUGAAGGGGUGAGCAGAA